AUGAGAUAAUCGAAUACUGGUUAUUCAGCUUAAUCAACUUAACAAUCAUAAUCAUAGGGAGGGUCAUCUAGUUAAAAAUAUGUGAACAACAGUUAAACUAUUACCCGUUCUACUAUAUUAACUACUAAAGUAUAACAUGUAGAUUUAACAAAAAGCUAUAAUCCAAUUUCUUAAAAAGAUUGGAAACAACCUACAGAAUAUCUUAAGGAAAUGUUUGCUGCUAAAGAUGAGGAAAUCGCUUACUGGAAGUCUAUUUGCGGAUAAUUGGAAACUACUAUUGUUUAAUUCGAAUAAAUUACUAACGAGAAAGCAUAAUUUGAAAACGAAUGUUAUUAAUUAAGAUAGGAAUUGUAAUAGAGAGACUAUGAAAUCGAUUAAUUUAAGAGAGCAUUAAACGACUUAAAAAAUUAAAAAGAUAUGCAAAUAAAACAAUUAGAAGAAAAACUAUCUAGUUUUUCUGUCGAAUUCGAGAGGUUAAAUAGAAUGAUCGGUGAUAAAUAAGGUGAAUGUGAUAAAUGGAGAGGGUAAUGUGGCUAAUUAGAAAUAAAAAUAACUGAAUUGAAAAGAUAUGAGUUAGUUAUUUAAGAAAAAGAUAAUUAAAUAAAUGGAUUAAAGAAAGAAUUGGAAGAAUGGAAAAUGAAAUUAAAUUAGUCAUCUAUAGUUAUUAAUGAAUUAAGAGUAUAUGAAUAAAAAUGUAAAGAAUAUGAAUAUAAAAUGAAAGAAUAUGAAACUAGAAUUAAUAUGCUUUAAUAGGAAAUAAAAAGACUGAAUGAUGCUAUUGGGUAACUCUAAUAGGAAAUUUAGGUAAGGGAUAAGGCUAUAUAAGAGUUGAAAAUGCAAUUAUCUCAGAUGGAAGCAAACUAUAAGAAUAUGGAAGGACAAAAUAAGAUGUUAGUUACUAAAAUUGAAGAAUUAAAUAGAAUUAUUGAAUAAUUAAAGAAGUAAUUAAGUGAUGCAUUUAAUGCUUUGCAAGAAGAAUAGACAAAGAAAAGCAAAUAAUAGAGAGAUGUGUAAGAUAUGGAAGCUAAAAUAGCCAAAUUAGUUUCUGAAAUUGAAAGAUUAUAAUAAAUUAUUAAAAUGAAAGAUGAAUAACUUUAAUAAUGGUAAGUUAAAGGUUAAUAAUAUGAAUAGAAAAUUGCUGAAUUAGAAUAAUAAUUAAUAUAAUUGAGAAAUGUAGAGGCUAAACUUAAAGAAUAUGAAUCUAGAAUCAAUAUGCUUACUUAAGAAAUCAAAAGAUUAAAUGAAGUUAUUGGAUAAUUACAAGGAGAAUUAAACUAAUGGAGGGAAAAAGCAGUAAUUUUAAGAAAUUAUGAAGAAAGAAUUGUACUUUUGUCAAUUGAAGUUGAUCAUGCUAAUAAAGUUAUUGUAGAUAGAAAUAAUGAAAUAAAUGGAUUGAAAUAAAAAAUUGUUGCCUUAGAAUAAUAAUUGUUUAAAUUAUAAAAUAUUGAAUAGAAAGUUGUAGAAUAUGAAAAUAAAUUAAAGUCUUAUGCUUAGGAAAUAGAAAGAUUAAUGAAAUUGUUAUAAGAGAGAGAUUCUUCAAUUAAUGAAUUAAGAGCAUAAAUUUAAUAAUGGGAAAUGAAAUAUAGAUAAUUAGAAGCCUAAAACUAAUAAUUCUAAUCACAAAUUUAAGAACUUAAUAGAGUAAUUGAGCAAUUAAGAAAACAAUUAUAAGAUGCUAUUACAUCUAUAGACGAUGAGAAAAGAAAGAGAGCUUAAGUAGAAAAAUUAAUUAAGAUUAUGAAGCUAAAAUUGCUAUGUUAACUAGUGAAAUCGAAAGAAUGA